UGUAAACAUAGAUUAACAGAAUGGUUCUUGCUCCCUUUCAGGUGACCUCUAAAAAUGGUUCGCUAUUCACUUGACCCAGAAAACCCCACAAAAUCAUGCAAAUCAAGAGGUUCAAAUCUUCGUGUUCACUUUAAGAACACUCGUGAAACUGCCCAGGCCAUUAAGGGUAUGCAUAUCCGAAAAGCCACCAAGUAUUUGAAGGACGUCACUUUACAGAAGCAAUGUGUGCCGUUCCGUCGUUACAAUGGUGGAGUUGGUAGGUGUGCCCAGGUGAGAAUUCGUAGUUGUCGUUUCAAAAGACAAACUGAGGGAAAGUGGAUGGAAUAAGAAUGGCUACGAUCU